GUCAAGUGGUAAUUAGCGCGGCUUGGAUUUUGUCAGACACCACACAGGUAAGUUUUGUGUUGCAUAUUCCGCAUAUUAGUUGGAAUGCGAGUUUUGGAAUCGUGAUAUAGGAAGGAAACAGCAAAUAUGGGAAGGAUCAAGCGAUGAUAGUUAAUCUGAUAAACGGAUAGAUAGUUUUCCUUUUCCCAGUCCUAAAGUUCUAUUUUGAACCGCUCGACCGAUGUUCUUUUGUUUUCCGGCAAUACAAAAGCGCGUCGCUUAUCGCAGCUAUUAUUAGUUUUCUUCGAUGGUAUUUUUACGUAGCCACUUCAAUGGAUCCUUCUUCAACUGUAAUCGUCGAGGACUCACUUCCCAAAGACAUUUUAGAAGUGUUAGACAGCAUGAGACGACGGAAAGAGUUGUCAGAUGUCACACUAGUGGUAAAUUCUCGCGAGAUAGUCGCGCAUCGAGCGAUUUUGGCGGCGUGCAGUCCGUAUUUCAGGGCUAUGUUUUUGUCCGGAUUUUCAGAAGCUAACGAGCAGAAGAUUCAUUUGAAAGAAGUCGAUUAUUGCGCAGUACAACUGAUUGUUAACUACUUUUAUACUUCGGAACUCGAGCUGAAUGUUUACAACGUAGAAGAGAUCCUCCGAAUAUGUGUCCUGUUUCGUUUAACGACUUUAGUAGAUCACUGCGAGACGUUCCUUCGACGAAACUUGACUCCGUCGAACUGUAUUGGACUUCAGUUCGUCGCUGAUCUGUUUUCCCUCGAUGAGUUGAGUCAACAUGCUAAUCGCAUUGCUUUGUGGCAUUUUACGGAUGUUUACAAAGAGGACGAAUUCAAGAAGAUGCCUUAUAAACAACUGAAAGAAUUGGUCAUGGAUGAUUCAUUGAAGGUUCAGUCCGAAGAGGUAGUCUUUGAGGCUGUUUUGCAGUGGAUUAAUCACGAUACGAGAGCUAGAAAGGAUUUCGUUCCCGACAUCAUGCAGUAUGUGAGAUUUCCUCUCAUGAAUCUACAAUAUUUACAUGGAAAUGCGGCGAUCUCCAAACUCACGAAAGAGUACCGCAUGUGUAAGGAACUUAUCCGUGAAGCCGUCAGCUAUCAAACAGCCGUUGAAAGUAAAAUGACAUCAGCCCUUGAUAAUUUCCGUGUCAGACCACGUAUGGCCUCAGAAGAGAUCUUUGUCAUAGGUGGAUGGUCGAAUGGUCAGAAAAUUAGCAGUGUACAGUGCUUCAAUGUGGACACCUUGGAAUGGACAGUUGUGGCUGGGAUGUCUGUGGCUCAUGUAGCUAGAGAGGAUUACAUCCGUGUGGUUGCUGCUGGUGACGAAUUAUACACUGUCAGUCGCUACAAAGUGGGAAAGUAUGACCCCAUUGCCAAUUCCUGGAUCCAGGUAGCAACAGGUCCUGAUGUCCAGUGCAAGUGGGCUGGUGUGUGCGAAUAUGAGGGAUUCAUCUAUGCCGUUGGUGGUCACAGCAGUAUGUGUGCAAAGCAGUUUGAUACAGAAACCAUGACUUGGAGGUCUCUACCCUCCAUGAUGUAUGCUCGCUACUAUCCAGGUAAGUUUAAAGACACCUUAGGUGAUGGAAAGUGAAAAAUUCAAAAUUUAUGCAUCAGGAUAUGUACCCUGCUGUCCUUUUUUCACCUUUUCUUUUUAUAAAAAUGUUGUUGUUCAUCACUGUCAUGUUGAUAAAAGAACAUUUCAUCAUUUGUCUUACAAUAUAAAGUCAGGUUAUCAUUGGUAUUGCUUGCAACAUUUUGACUGCUAUACUGCUAGUCUUCAUCAGGGGAUGUGGUCAAAAGUUAACAUGUCACUAUCUAUAUAACCUGUGCUGUUAUUGGUGUGUUUUGGUGAACUGUGAUUGUCAUUGGUGUGUUUUGAUCCUUAUUAUUUUAUCAACUACCAGAUAUUGUUCCCUCAUCACUUGGCUUGUUACUAAUCAGCUAUUAUGCUUUUUGAUUGUAGACAUCCAUACUUCAGGAAUUUUUUUCCAUUGUCUCUGUUGUUUUUUUUUCCCCUAAAUAGUAAGAAACACAUCACUCAUUUUAGGAAAAAAAAAAAAAAAUUUCGAUAGGAUAUAUCAGAAGGUGACUCUGAUCAUUACAUGCACCUGUGGCGGGUUUCAAGAGAUGAAAAUUGCUGGAGUGGAGUUCUCUGGCACAGCCUCAACAUAAUCAAGAUCACCAGUUUAAGGCUUCAGUUUCAUGUAUAACUUAGAGCUCUUUUAAAAAUAAUUUUUCCUAGGUGUUGGUGUAGUAGAAGGCAAGAUAUAUGCUGUUGGAGGGUUAGACCACCUUUGGGCACCUUUGAACACUGCUGAACGGUAUGAUCCUCAUACAAACCAGUGGGAGGCUAUUGCAUCAAUGAGUACUGCACGCUGGAGCCUAGGUGUGGCUGUCUUGAAAGGCAAAAUUUAUGCAAUUGGUGGCUCAGACAACAGAGAGUCUUUCAGCAACAGUGUGGAGAUGUAUGACCCUGUAAUAGACAAGUGGAGUCAGGCUGUCGCACCAAUGAAUUCUGGACGUCGCUGUCUGGGUGUGGCAGUUGUGAAUGACACCAUUUAUGUUGUGGGAGGCCGUGUGACAAAUAGCAUUGAAUAUUAUGACCAGGAUAACAACAAGUGGAUUGUUGUUGGUGCUGUAAACACAAGGUGCAACUUUGGGUGUGUGGCACUGCGCAUUCUUUAAGAUGUACACAUACCUACCUGUCACAAAAAAAUGGCCUCAGUGGCAAAACAUAGGAUACAGGAACAUUUUAUCCAAAGGAGUUUUUUCAAAAAAACUAUUUAUAUCAAGUGGAUGACAUGUUUAAAACCACUUUAUUUUGAGUAUGCAAUCUUUUUCAACUUCCUGGUGUUUUUUGUAUUCUCUUGUUAACUGCAUGCUUUAUUUCUGAGUUUGAUAUGUUUGAAAGGUAUGUAGUUGACUGCUGUGUUAUUCCAUAUGUUAUCCAAGAUAUAUAUUGCAUGAUGCAGAGCUCUCAAGUUGAUUUGCAGGCAGAGAGUGAGAGGCCACAGGCAUCACCUUCCAGGAGGUGGGGGCAGUAAUGGAGCAAUCUCCCUGUAAAAUAGUGAAAAAAUGAGCAGGUACAACUUGGAUCCCUUUAUUCUGAUUUCAACUUUCUGUAAUAAUAACAUAUUGAGAAUGUCCCCAAGCACUUUUCUUAAUAUUUAAACACAAAGGUGUACUAUAAAUAGGUUGGCUCUGCCCCUUGGUUUCAGCCCAAAUGCAAAUUAUUAAUUACUCAAUGGUGAAGAAAAUAAUCAGAUUUACUGCCACAAAUGAAGACAGUUUUGAAACUUAUUAGAGCUUUUGAGAAGUCUACCUGCUGUUCACUCACUUUGGAUCAGCUACAGCUAAAAGCUGUUUUUAAUGUAGUGGUCCAUAUGCCUCAACAGUUGAUUGACAAAUGAUCCAGAGGUACUUAAGGCACCUCCCCUUUAACAGCAUGCCUUCAUCUUCAAGUAAGGAUGCACAUCAAAUGAGCAUAGAAUGAGCUGAAAAGGGCAACUUCAUUGUUUGGUUAACUUAAGCUUUAGUUGUAUCAGGGCUUGUAAAUUGAUAUUGUGAUCGUAAUCUUUCAAAGUAUUGUCAGAGGUAGCUACUGGAAAAAAUAGCCAUUGCUAAUUUUUAGUGAGUAGUGCAUGAUCAUAGGUAAAGUCAUAUCUUGGAAUGAUUGUUCCUGCUGUGGUUAAAUCAUCUCCAUGAUAUUAAACCCCCUUACUGGCUUACAGUUUCAUAUAUUAUAUUUAAAACUUUUGAUAACAAGUCAGGGCGAAUGUUGGGUUAGGGGAGGGGUAGGUGGGCAGUUGUCCAGAUACUGAUAUUGAUCCUAAAACUUGAUAUUUGUGUUAUGUUGCUCACACUUAGAUUGUUCACAUUUCCAAUGACAAUGUUGCCAUGCUUUGAGGAAAUUCUUAACAGGACCCUGUCUAGAAAUAGUGCCCUUUCUUAUCAAUUAAAUGUUAAAAUACUGUAGAAGGGUUUUCAGAAAUUUAAGAAUCCACUUUCACUUUUGUUUUUACCUUGAUAGUCAGGUUUACUAACUUAAAGGUGAUCUCUGCUAAGACUUCCUGAUUUAAUUACUGUUGACAGUUUUGCUUUCAUUUAGUAUAUUUUUCCUUGUUUUUGAAAACCCAAACUUGAAUUUUAUGGCUACAAGUGGUUACAAGUGUGGAAAGCAUUAUUGGGUUUGAGUUGCUGAAGAACACCUUCUUGUUGGAGCUAAUAGCUCUAGCACAAAAGAGUCUUUAAAUACAAUGUUUUUCAGUCUUUUGAAACAAUAUUUAUUUGUACUACUUUGGAAAGUUCAUAAGGCACCAAGAUGUGUCUAGACUCAACUGUAAUUUGAAGGUAUUGAAAGUGUUUCAGAAGUAUUUGUAUGGCUACAGUACUUCUACAACUGUUAAUGAUAUGUAGUCUUUUACAGGACAAGAACUUAAAAGUAUGAAGUAAAUUUUCAAAAGUUUGUAUUUUAACAGGAAACUUAUUUAUCAGUACAUGGCAUAUAUUAAGGUAACUUUAGAUAUUGAAUUUGCACCAGUGUGUGGAUGUUUGUAAAAUGUUGGCACAGUGCAUAAUAAAAUCAUAGCAUUUCUCUACCAG